AUGAAAUUAUUUGCCUUUUUUACCAUCACUGCUGCCGGACGCACCCGCCGAAAUGUAUCAACUCGACCGAAUAAUCCUCUGACAGCGGCUUCUCUCAGCAAUAGGUCAGGUAGUUCGUGCAAGGAUUUUGCCGUUCCUGAAGUUUGCUGUACCAAUGGGGACGACUCCGCAUGCAACCCAGGCUCUUGCUGGUGCGACUCUCUCUGCUGCGGCUACGGCGACUGCUGUGCCGACUACGACGAGGGGCAAUGCGCCGCACAACUUGGCACCUGCUUCUCUCAAAGCGGCACAACCAGUUGCCAGAGCGGCUUUUACUUCGACGGCAGCGGCUGUUCGGACACCAACGAGUGCGAGGACGGUACUGAUAAUUGCAACGACGUAACAGAAGUCUGCAAUAACACCGCAGGCAGUUACGAAUGCGUAUGCGCAUCUGGAUACGAGGCAAGCUCGGGCGGUUGUACUGACGUCAACGAAUGCGUAGCGGGUACUGAUACUUGCAACGAUGUCACAGAAGUCUGCAAUAAUAACGCAGGCAGCUACACUUGCUCUUGCGCAGCCGGAUACGAAGCAAGCUCCAACGGUUGUGUUGACGUCAACGAGUGCGUAGCCGGUACUGAUACUUGUGACGAUGCAUCAGAAGUCUGCUAUAAUACCGACGGCGGCUUCACGUGCUCAUGUGCAUCUGGAUACGAAGCAAGCUCCAGCGGUUGUGUUGACGUAAACGAGUGCGUAGCGGGUACUGAUAGAUGCAACGAUGUCACAGAAGUCUGCAAUAAUGUCGCAGGCAGCUACACUUGCUCGUGCGCAGCUGGAUACGUUGCCAACCGUGGUGCCUGCGUCAAGUCCACAACAUGUCUUGAAGACACGAACUUCGGUGAUGUCCUUGUGUGGGACAUUCAAAGUGGAGUGGACAAGCCCGCCCCCACAUCAUAUUUUGAGUUUGAACUCGCGGAUUUUGCUGGCAACACAGAAGAUUGUCAACGAGAAUGCGCUAAUCACGCUGGCUGCUACAAGCUACACCACGAUGUCAACAAUAACGUUUGCGAGCUUCGCGGAAACGAAGUUGACUUCUCAGGAGCUGGAAACUACUUUGCGCUUUCUGGAGAAUCUUGCGACACCGGCUAUGUAUGGACAGAAAACGUUGCUGAUGCCGUUUUUUACUGUCUUUUCUGGGUAGAUCCGGACCAGACUCCAGAGGAAUUUCUCGAGUACCUCAACACCUACAAUCCUACAGAGUGGUAUACCUAUACGACUGAAUCGUACGCCUAUUCCGAAACAUGGAAAUACAGUGUACCAGCAGACACAAGUCAUCUUGAUGACUACUACUCCAGCUACUACUACUCCAGUUACUCUUCAGAGAAUACAGUUUGGGUCCAAUUUCAUAUGGUUUACCACGACCGAUAUCAAGAGUCUUCUUCUUCGCGAAAUCGCCGUUCUACUCAAGAAACGCUCGAUGCCGUUCAAGACAGCAUUGCCAAUUUCCAAUCCUCCCUCGACGCCGGAAACGCGACUGUUGCUCAAACAACAGAUGCCACCGUUAAUGUCGAAGAAGUCGCUCCAGUUGCCGAUCCAAUGGACCCGAACAAUCAGGCUUGGGAGAAGAUCGCUUCAAAGGCCGCAGAAAUUUCCAGCCGUGUUGAAGAUUUCUACGCUGCUCUUCCUGGUCUCGGCAACAACUCGGUUCUUGGUUCCAAGAAGGCUUACCAGUUCAACCUCUUCUUCGAUCAGAUGAGCCUUUUGAAGAAAAAAUCUUCCGCCACCGGAUGCACCUUUCCUGCCGGCUCCAAUGACUUCUCACAAUUCGUCGCACCAGUCGAUUCCAGCGACGUCUGCGAGGAAAUGCAAGGGCUUUUUACUUCCCUUUCUACUUUCGUCGACUCAUUCGUCUGUUUGAAUGACGAGAAGGCGAAAGCUUCGAAGUUUUUCCACAUCCUCCAUCGCAAUCGAAAGAAGAUUUUCGAGAAAAAACUCCGUCAGAUGAAUUGUGGUAACCAAUAA